AUGGACCUGGAUUGUCCGCAUCAAGCUCCGACUUAUUAUAUUUUAUGUUUACAUCUCAUUGCAGCGGUUUCAUUUACAAUCAAUUCGUUGGGAAUUUAUUUAGUGAUUUAUCAUUCUCCAAAUAAUUCCAAAUAUAAGUUUUGUCAAUUAUACUUGCAGGUUCGCAUGUUUAAAAAACAUAAUCUUUAUCUGAAUUUAUAUCCAGAUAGUAUCGAUGAUUGUGGAAAAUUACAUGUCGUGGGUAGCCCCCGCAUAUUAUUAUUUUCCAAUGAUUGCUGGAUACAACACAUCUUCGUUUACUUCACAAUUCAUAUCAACUCAUACAAGUGUUAUAUUUUACUUCUUCGUAUUUUGUUUCGAACUUCCAUCAAUUCUUUCUUGUUUUCAAUUUCGAAAUGAUUCAGCAGCUGAACUUUCACCAGUAAAUCAAAGAUCCUUCGAAACUUUCCAAUUUUAUGAUUUUUCAGAAAAAUCGAAUUCCACGAUCUUUCAGUUAUUUUAUGAAUUUUCUCUCGCAUACUUUUCCAUUUAUUGUAGCAUUUUCUGUUUUCAAAUCAACUAAUACUUAUCAACAACAAUAUAUAAUUGUAUCUCAAAAAUUUCCAAAAUGUCUACAUUUAUUAUACAUGGAUGAAUUUGCUGUUUAUGAUUAUGAUGAUAAUUUAUGGCUAGCCAUUGCUGGAAUCGCUGUUAUUGGAUUCAUCUCAUUUUUCGGGAUUUAUGUCAUUUUUCUAGUUGCACAUACCAUUUUGAUUUUAUCAAGAAUGCGCAGAUUCAUGUCACCCGCCACUUUCAAAUUACACAAAACAACUCUAUUCUCAUUAAUUCUUCAAGUUAUGAUUCCUUUGAGUUUUGUAUGUGUUCCUUUAACCGUAAUCUUCAUAGUUAUUCUGGAGGAACUAACAAAGUAUCAAGGUUCUUAUGAAAUAUUUAAUAAGAGCUUCGAUAAUAUUUCAAUUUCCAGAACUUGCUACCGAUACAAUGCUCUUAAUAACUUCUCAUUCGAUGAUCUCAACAAUAGUUAUGAUUGCUUGUAAUAAUCCAUAUAAAUCAGUUAUUUUCUCGAUUAUCUCGAGGAUUCUGAUGUAGGGAAAAAUUUUCAAUCCUUUGUAGUUUUCAAAAAAUUUUCAGGAUAAGAAAUAAGACCACAGAUCAAACUACUGUAAUAGAGCAAACUUUGACUUAUGUAAAUCAUGCUUAA